UCAUUACGUCAUUUGGCAUAAAGGGGAACUGUGUGUUGUGCGUUAGUGUGUGUGCAAUAGGAAUUUGCGAGCUUUUGCGGAGAUGACGAGUUAUCGUAAAAACAGUAGAACUCUUUUCUAGUACCCUAAUAAAAUAUGUAAAGAUGAGCGAUCGUGACAAUUUUAAGGUUUAGGCUCGCUUAAUUGUGAGCGCUUAUUAAAUUUCUCUCGCGAUUCAUCUUCAUGGCGAUGCUAAAUGUGUAGCUAGAGAUGGAUGUAGAUAAAAACCAGCUGGAUUUGGGGAUGGUUUAGUUGGUCUGGAUCGUCUUCAACCAUGUUACGUACUGUGGAAAAAAGGAUUCUGUCAUGUUUAAAAACAGCAUAUAGAGGAUGGUAUGUGGAUAUUGGGCCAGUAGUAGGUCCAGAGGAUAAAAUAUGGACUAUUUCAUUGAAUGAAGAAUCACCAAAGACACCAAUUGUUCUAUUACAUGGUUUAGGAUCUGGGGUAGCAUUAUGGUGUUUAAAUCUGGAUGCGCUUGCAUCUCAGAGACCAGUAUAUGCCAUUGACUUAUUAGGAUUUGGUAGAAGUAGUAGACCUAUUUUCAGCAGCGAAGCACAAAAAGCUGAAGAACAAUUAGUACGUUCUGUAGAAGAAUGGAGAAGGGAAAUGCAACUAGAAAAUUUUGUAUUAUUAGGUCAUUCAAUGGGUGGCUUUCUUGCAGCAUCUUAUGCUAUUCAAUAUCCUGAAAGAGUGAAACAUCUCAUAUUAGCUGAUCCAUGGGGCUUUCCUGAAAAACCAGUUGAUGCUGCUACAAAGGCAAACCUACCAAUAUGGGUUAAAGCUAUAGCGUUUGCAGUGCAGCCGUUGAAUCCUUUGUGGGCAGUUAGAGUUGCCGGACCAUUUGGACAAUGGCUCAUUGAGAAGACAAGACCUGACAUAGUAAAAAAAUUUUCUCCCCUAUUAAAGGAUGACACUGCUAUUAUUUCGCAAUAUAUACAUCAAUGCAAUGUGCAGACACCAUCAGGUGAAAGUGCAUUUCAUGCAAUGAUGUAUGGUUUUGGAUGGGCCAAAAAUCCUAUUGUCAAACGGAUGCACAAGUUAAGAGAUGAUAUACCUAUAACAUUACUGUAUGGUAGUAGAUCAUGGGUUGAUAAUUCAGCUGGUGAAAUGAUUAAACAGAAUCGAUCUUCAUCAUACGUUAACGUACAGGUAAUUACUGGAGCUGGCCAUCAUGUUUAUGCGGACAAAAGUGAAACUUUCAAUAAAUAUGUAUUGGAAGCAUGCGCAUUAAGUGACUCGAUGCCUCGCUUAACAUCAUCAAACUUACGUUCGUAUGUUAAAUUCACUAGUGAUGAAGAGGUAGAGAUAACUUUACCUAACGAAACGCUUGAAACACGUAGACCUGAAGAACAAAAAAUAGACACAUCAGAAUCCACUAAGAUUUAAUUAAAAUUCAAUUAAAAUAUCCUCACAAAACAGAAUAUUUCAGUACUCUAUUGUUAUUAGUACAAAGAAUUAUAUGGUAAUUGUAUAUUGUAAUAUAAUGAAAAAUAUCGCAUACGCGAUAUAUUAAACAUACAAAUAAGUUUUUAAUUUUUCAUUUCUGUUUUGUGACAGAGCAACCUUAUAUAUAAUAUACAAAUGAUAUUGUAAAAAUGAAAACUGACAGAUGUUGAUUUUACGUGAUAAUUGUAGAUAUUACAUAGUCAUUUACAUAUUCCGCUUUCAGUUUCGAAAAUUAUGACAAUGUUUUAUUACAAAUAUGCGGAAUUUAUAGAAAAAUAGUCUUGCCAUAAGUAAGAUUUACAUUCUUUAUAAUCAUCGAUUUCAAAUAUGAUUGAUUAAAAUCUUAUCAUAUAAGAAAUCGCUAUAAGAAAUUUAUAUAAGUCAAAACGAUCAAAGAGCUUGUAUAUGACAUGUAACUAUGUGUAAAGAUUUGUACAUUAUGUACAGUCUUACUCAUAGAUGUAGUAAAUAUAAACUAUACAUGCAUAAUGUAAACUAUGGAUCUAUUCUUUAUAGCUGAAUUAGUCAGAACUUAUCUUUCUCCUUCCACUGUGAAGAGAAAAAGAUAAACUCUGAAUAAUCAGUGCAGUUUCAACUAUAAAGAAGACUGUAAAUCCUAUCUUAAUCAAAAUAUUCAUGCACCAAAAUUAGAAAGAAAGUAGAUAUAUUUCAAGUGUAUCAUUUUUUUUUUUUAACUAAAGUGAAAUAAUUUCUAUGUCAUCAUAAUCUUAUAUAUUAUAUUUAAGAGAGAAUUGGACUCUCCAAAAUUUUUUCUAAUUGUGGCGCAAUGUUUGAUCGAUACGCUCGUGCAGUUUUUACUUACUACAUCUAUGAUCUUAACAUUGUUAAAACAGACUAAUAUCCAAAAAAUAAUGAUUAGGCUUUUUAUUGUUAUUAAUUGCAUUAUCUCGUACCUAUAGCAAGAUUAUAUACAUUGUACAAUACAAUUUAUUAAUAAAUUAUUUAUUAAUACUAAUUUACACAAACGCGCAAAGAAAGUUGAAUAUUAGUAUUAUAUUUAUAUUGAAUAAUAAAGAUUGUUGAGAAAUA